CUUGUUGCUUGCUCGAUAAUCAGUGACCAGUGACCAGCGGCGCGAACGACAGCGACGACGACUGGACUACUUUGCCUUCUGCCUCACUACCACCAGACUACCACCACCCCCGUACCCACGCCAUGUCCAACCUCAUCACCGUCACCUCGCCCGAGCACUUCAAGGAGCUCCUCUCGGCCGACCUGAACCGCGUCUCAGUGCUCAACUUCUGGGCGCCAUGGGCCGAGCCGUGCGCAGAGUUCAACAAGGUCGUCGAGGCCGAGGCGGCCAAGUUCCCCACGACGCUCUUCCUCAACAUUGAGGCCGAAGAGCAGGCAGACAUCUCCGAGUCGUUCGACAUUGAGGCCGUGCCCAGCUUCAUCAUCCUCAAGGGCCACACCCUCCUCGCUCGCCACUCUGGCGCCGAUGCCGCCCUCCUCCACUCGCUGGUUGCCCAGCACUCGGCUGCCGCCUCGGCCCCAGCACCCAACGUCACGGCAACCGCCACGUCCAAUGCUGAACCCCAGCGCCCCCGCACCGAGGAGGAGAUCGAGGCCCGCUGCCACGAGCUGAUGAACAAGCACAAGGUCGUGCUGUUCAUGAAGGGCAACCCUUCCGCACCUCGCUGUGGCUUCUCUCGCAAGACUGUCGGUCUGCUGCGCGAGAAGGGCGUCGAGUUUGCGUGGUUUGACAUUCUCUCGGACGAGGAGGUCCGCCAGGGCCUCAAGAAGGUCAACGACUGGCCAACGUUCCCCCAGAUCAUCCUCAACGGCGAGCUCGUUGGCGGCCUCGACAUUGUCAAGGAGAUGAUUGAGAGCGGCGAGUGGGACGAGGUGUACCAUGCCGACGAAGAGGUCAAGGCCUGAGUGCGCUUGUGUCGAGGCGAGGCGAGCGUUGGUGGCAAGGCUGGCAGAGGCGUCGCCUUUGUCGCUCAGCGCCCUUGUAUAAUACAUGUUUAAUUUCUCCGUUGCAUAUGAAUGUGGCCUAGAGCUUUGUCGUGGUACAGCGGU